GGUGGGGGGACAGAACAGGGCUCCCGCAGUCCGGGUCCCUCGGCCCUGCCCCCACCCUGGAAGCUGGGAAGGUGGCCUUGUUUUCUGUUGGCCUCAAACACUGGGCCCGCCACCCGCCCGUGGGGCCGGCCAACGGCCAGGUGGGGCGAGAUUCAGGAAGUAAACAAGCUGGAAGGGUGGGAAGGAGGGUGAGGCUGGGCGGCUGGGGCAGGAGAGGCUGGGCUGGAGUUAUGUCGCGGGGAGGCUGGUUGCCUGGGGGGGCUCUGACUAGGCUCGUCCACUUCCUCCUGCGCUUCCAGUUCUCCCCACCCUUGGUGUGGGGGGCUGUCCCCCUUCCCCAGCCCUCCCUAAAAGGGGAGGAGCGGGCAGCUUGGAUGGUGGGUGUAUCUCCCCUUUCUGGGAGGACCUGAGCCCCUGUCUGCCCAUGCUCUGAGGGGGUCUUUUGCCCUAUUUGUCUGUCUGUCUCCUCCGUUGUUUGACUUUCCAGUCCUGCUCUGCUGGUCCCUCUGGCCAGAACAAUCAGAUAGGAAGUUCAUUCCCGGGGAGACAUGAGCGAGGCCUGGAGCCGCCAUCGGCAGCAGAAAGCCGGCUGGGCCCAGACCCGGGGUGCAAGCUCUGCCGCUGCUUGGGGGUGGGGGGCAGGCAGAGGUGGGCUGCGCUCUUCCUGGCUCCCCUGCGGUCCUCCAGCCUUCCCAGGGCUGGUGGUGCUGCUGCUUGGUGGCUGAGCAGAGGCAGAAGACUGACCACGGGAGGGAGCAGCCGAAUGCUGGUCCCACCUGGUCUCCAGCCUGGGGAUGUCAUGGAGCCGGACCUGUCUCCACCGAGUCCCGGCAGUCCGCCAGAAGACCUGUGCCCAGCCCCCGAGACUCCGCCCGUGACACCCCCGCCCCCUGACGCCCCUCUGCCUGGGGAGGCCAGGAGGUCCCAGCCUCUGCCCAUCCCCGCAAGCAGGAAGCUUCCUGAGGAGGAACGCAGGGCUGCCUCACUUCCCUCCAUCCCCAACCCCUUCCCUGAGCUCUGCAGCCCCCCUUCACACACUCCCAUCCUUGGGGGCCCCUCCAGUGCCAGGGGGCUCCUACCCCGAGAUGCCAGCCGCCCCCACGUGGUGAAGGUAUACAGCGAGGACGGGGCCUGCCGCUCGGUGGAGGUGGCCACAGGAGCCACGGCGCGGCAUGUGUGUGAGAUGCUGGUGCACCGCGCACAGGCCCUGAGUGACGAGAGCUGGGGGCUGGUGGAGUGUCACCCCUGCCUGGCCCUAGAACGUGGCCUGGAAGAUCAUGAGUCUGUGGUGGAAGUACAGGCGGCCUGGCCGGUGGGUGGAGACAGCCGCUUCGUCUUCCGGAAGAACUUCGCCAAGUAUGAGCUGUUCAGGAGCGCCCCACACUCCCUGUUCCCAGAAAAGAUGGUUUCCAGUUGCCUUGAUACUCACAGUGGGGAGUCCCAGGAAGACCUUAUCCAGAACUUCCUCAACGCGGGCAGCUUCCCCGAGAUCCAGGGCUUCCUGCAGCUGCGAGGCUCGGGCCGCAAGCUCUGGAAACGCUGCUUCUGCUUCCUGCGCCGCUCCGGCCUCUACUUCUCCACCAAGGGCACCUCGAAGGACACGAGGCACCUGCAGUAUGUGGCAGAUGUGAAUGAGUCCAACGUGUAUGUGGUGACGCAGGGCCGCAAGCUGUAUGGGAUGCCCACGGACUUUGGCUUCUGCGUCAAGCCCAACAAGGUCCGGAACGGCCACAAGGGGCUCCGCAUCUUCUGCAGCGAGGAUGAGCAGAGCCGCACCUGCUGGCUGGCUGCCUUCCGCCUCUUCAAGUAUGGGGUACAGCUGUAUAAGAAUUACCAGCAGGCCCAGUCCCGAUACCUGCGCCCAUCCGACUUGGGGUCCCAGCCCUUGCGGAGCGUUUCGGAUAAUACCCUGGUGGCCAUGGACUUCUCGGGCCGUGCUGGGCGCGUCAUUGAGAAUCCCCGGGAGGCUCUGAGUGCUGCCCUGGAGGAGGCCCAGGCCUGGAGGAGAAAGACAAACCACCGCCUCAGCCUGCCCACCCCCUGCUCAGGCUCGAGCCUCAGUGCAGCCAUCCAUCGCACCCAGCCCUGGUUCCAUGGCCGCAUUUCCCGCGAGGAGAGCCAGCGGCUCAUCGGGCAGCAGGGCCUGGUGGACGGCCUGUUCCUGGUCCGGGAGAGCCAGCGGAACCCACAGGGCUUUGUCCUGUCCUUGUGCCACCUGCAGAAGGUCAAGCACUACCUCAUCCUGCCGAGCGAGGGCGAGGGCUGCCUGUACUUCAGCAUGGAUGAUGGCCAGACGCGCUUCACGGACCUGCUGCAGCUUGUGGAGUUCCACCAGCUGAACCGCGGCAUCCUGCCCUGCCUGCUGCGUCACUGCUGCACGCGCGUGGCCCUCUGAUGGCCUCCCCUCCGGUCCCCGUGGUGUUGGGGUCCCGGCGCUGCCCUGAGUGGAGUGGAGGCGUGGAGGGCAGGUUGGGGUGAGGGGUGAUGGAGGAGCCUCCCCCCCAGUUCUCUGCUCCACUGCCUCUUGACUGCAGAAAGCCCCCCGUUCAAGGCAGGCCUGAGUGCCCCAGGACGGGCUGGCCUGGUGGCCCCAGGCCCUGCACCCCUGUACAGACUGAGAGGCCAGUGAUCUGCUGUUUUAUACUUGUGACAAAACAAUAAAGAUUAUUUUUUGAUACA